AACCGUCAAUCAUCUUCAGGAUUCCGAUGUACAAAAUGUUAAUAGAACCUCUAUUUUAUUUAUUUAUUUAUGAGCAGUAUUGUUUUUACAACCAAACAAAUAAUUCACGAUGUUACACUGGGUUACAACCAUUUUACUGUUAUUUUUGUGUUUGGCUUCAACCCCAUUGGCUGAAAAUCUAUUCAAGAACAGUUCGCGAAAUAAUUUAAAUAACAAUAAAGUGAAUGAUCCUUUCCAAAGCUUGAUCCUUGAAAUGAAAAAGUACAUCAAAGACUGCAAACUAGAUCCUUCUUCAGAAGAAUUAAAAGAAAAAUAUGGUGGUGUCUACAUGAAUAACAACAACAAGAGAAGAAGUAGCCGAAAUAGUAAAGAAAUUAAUGAUGACGAUGCAAGUUUUAGUAGCCGUCAAUAUUAUUUAACGAAAGCACACUUGCGUCAUUUAGAUAACAAAAAUUUGAACAACAGCAACUACACAACCCAACAAGAACAUGCGAGCGCAUAUGGACGUAAUUGGAACAUGGGAGGAAAUGAUAAUUACAAACUGAACAACUUCGGAGAAAACCUUUUAAGAAAUGGGAAUUACAAUAAUAACGAAAACAGAAAUCGCAAUGACCGUAGGAAUGGUUGCAAAAAUGAUCAAAAUAACAACAGCAACAAUUACGACCGAAAUGGUCCAGACAGAAACGGUAAUGGUUAUUCCAAUCAGAAUAAUAGACAAAAUAGUUACAAUAGUGACAAUUAUCCUGGUCAGAAUUAUAAUUCUCAAGGUACAGGAGAUUUUUACAAUAGAAGAUCAGAUGGCAUGGAUCGAGGAUAUUCCUCAAAUAUGGAAACAAUCCUGGAACCUUCAUCUCACGGAACCAACCGAAAUUAUCAAUCUUAUCAGAACCAACAAACAAGACAUUACGGAACAAUGCCCUAUCCUGCGGGAAGUUCAUUUACAAGUAUUAGUAAUUAUAACAGACAAUCUGAAAGGCAAGAUGAUAUUGAUAACCGUAGAAGUUCAGGGAGUUAUUAUAUAAUUAGUGGUAGUAGCGAAUAUGGUAAUGGAAAUAGGAAAUACAUGAGAAACAAUCAAAACAUUGCAGGUUUACAACCUCCGCAACAAGUUAUUAUGGCAAGACAACAAGAGGGAAGAUAUCCCAGAUCCUCGGGUAAUUUGAAUGACUGGAAUAAAAGCGAAGAAAACGUUGAGUGUAUUGCUCGCUGCAUUCUUGGAUAUCUUGAUGUGCUAGAUGAAGAUAAAACUCCUACAGAGAUGGCAUUGAUAAAAUGGUUACAAGAUCAUGAGAAUGACAGUAACAAUCGAAUCAAAGCUUUGCGAAAAAUUAGACGCUGUUAUGCGAGACUAUCAACUUCAGAUAUUGAAGAAAGUUGUGAAUUUUCCAGGACUUUAUGUCACUGCUUGGAAAUCGACAUUAAAAAUUUAACGAACUUAUAAAUAGACACAACUAAAUCAGCUUGUACUUUUCAUUUGUUGAUGUAAAAAGUACUGAUUCACAAUUACAAGAAAUAUUAUAUAAAGCAAUAACUGAA